CUGGGUCAGACAGGUUGCCAUGCCAGGCUUAUCAAGGCUCUCAGGAAAGAUUUGUGGCUGGAGUUUUGCUGGGAAGCAUGGGAGAGUGAGGGCUGCAGUAUGAGGAUGCUGUCAGGCUCCCAGGGAGCCACAGCACAGCUGGGAGAGGAAUCUGGGUGCUGGUCCUACUGCCCAUGGUGGAGGGCUUGGUGCAGGAACCUGGGUCCAGCCAGACUCUGGGGCUCCAAUGCCUGCCCCAGUCCUGCUGCUCUGGCCCUGGGAGAAGUGGAUCUCAGCCCCUUGUCAGGGAGCAGCCUGAGUCCACCUUGGCUGGUGGGGUCCUGGGCCAAGCCCUGCUGCCAGCACAGCUGUGGGCAGUUCCCAGCCCCACAGCACGGGCGAAUGGCACAGUAGGUCCCACGUGGGCCAGGCUCACUGGCCAAAUCCUGCAGCACAUACACCUCCCCUCCUGCUAAAACUCCCUGACCAGGGCCCAUCGUACUGCUGGGACUGGAUGUCCUGGCACACUGCAGCUCUGAGUCCCGCCAAUGGACAGGGACAUUAUUGACUGGUUUGCUGCUAGUGGUUUUCAUAGAAACCUCACAUAAUCCAUCCAUCUCCCCAUGAGCCAAGGGACCCUCACAGCUGCCAAAUCUGCCCUGCCACCAGCAACUUCUGCAGUGCCCUUAUCUCCAAUCAGUACAAAAAGCAGCUGAUUCCUUGUUAGACAAGGAGCUUGGAAGAGCCGAAAACCUCAGGCAGAUCCGGUGUUUAAGGCCUCUCAGUGCCUCUCAUGCUGCUGGGCACCUGCGUGGGAGCACGGGGACGUGCUGUACCAGAGUCCUGGCAUGGCUAAGCUGGGGUCUGGGCAUGGCACCACUGAAAGGCUUCCUGCCCCUCUGGCCUCAACCACGAGCAAGUCAGACACCUGUGCAGGUGGCCCUGCCUCACUGGGGGAUUGAAGGUGUGCCACCAGACAUGUGACAGUGGGAGGUGUCCUGGAGAGGGUCAGAUCUAGAGAGAGCAUAGUCUCUUGGCUUCCCCAGUGAGGACUCAUCCCAGGCACAGCAUGUGCAAGUGGCACACGGGGCUGCUCAGUGAGCACCGCUGCCGUCUGGCAGUGGGCCUGGGGGUGUCAGCAGGGGGUCGCUUCAGGAUUUCAUUCAGACCUGGGUGGGCAUCUGGCCCUGGGGCUGCCGUACACGUGGACGCGGCUCCACGUCCCGCAGGGAGCUGGUCCGGCAGGUCCGGUUCGGCAGGGGGUGAGCUUGGGACAGGAGGUGUUUCUGCGGCCGCUGCCAGCUCCCUCUGUGAGCUCUUUUCACUUCCUCUCCACUCGCUGUGGAGCAGCAUGCGCCUGGCUCGUACCACAGGAAUGUCCCCAAGCCGCACGCGCCGGCAACGAGCAGCCCAGGAUCGAGGGCAGGCCGGGCACUCGCUUGAAACUGGUGGCAUCCGGUCCCGGCACUGCGGCACACGGCUCCGGCCGGCGGGCUCGGGUGCUCUCAGGAUCGGUCUCGGCCCCAAGUUCACUGCCCUCGUCCUCCGGCGCGCUCGGUGCUCCGGACCAGCGGCGGCAGCUGCCGCUGCGCCUUUACCCGUUGCCAUGGCUGCUUUGCUGAUGGCGCAUCGCCUGCUGCUGCCGUUACAUCAUUCCUGACAGUGCUCCACGCUGGCAGAGGGUCCGAGCAGUUCCAGACGUGCCCCCGGCACCUCCUGCACGUGGGGAGCGAGCCUGAGAGGGAGAAGUUUGGCAGUGAAUUCAAGCGAGAGGCAUCGUUUCACAGGAGCUUCAGCCUGGAUUGAAACAGCUCUGAUGGCUCUGUCAAAUAUCUCCUUGUGGAUUCGGGAUGCCUGGGCUGUGGCCACCUCUAACCUGGACCUCGAGAGCAAGAAAGCUGCCCCCACCAAGCUGCCAUGGCAGCAGCCUGUGAACGUCUUCCUGGCAGCUGGGCGUCCACCAGGCAUGGAGCAACUGCACCAGGAGGCCCAGCUCAACCUCCAGAGCUUGCUGCAAGAGGAGUAUGAGGAGCAGUACACCGAGAGCAGGGUCACUGGGCAGACCUUCCGCUCUUCUGGUCACCUGCCCCCUGACACCUCCCCUGAACCAUCACCUCGACCCCCACCUGCCAAGCGCCUUGAGUUCGUGCUUAUGCCCCCGAGCCAGCGAGCGGCUGAAGAGGAGACCACCAGCAGCACUGUGCUCAGUGCUCAGCCUCCUGACACCUCCCUGAGCCUCCCCACCAGCCCGGACAAGCAGCCCCCCUGGCCCAGGGCCUUCCCCUUGCCCCCCGAGGAGGAGAAGCAGUGGCACCAGCCCAGCUCCAUCCAGACCAAUAUUGUCCCCAUCAAUGUCUCCGGGCAGCACUUUGCUAGGCACGUGAGUGCUCGUCACUCCCUGUUUAACACAGAGACUGCGAUGAACCCAAAGUCCACCCUGCGGCGUAGACGGACCAUUAUUGGAUUCCCUAACCUGUCCCUGCGAGACCAAGGCAGCGCCAACGGCCCCACAUCCAGCACACAUGUACCCAUCAGUGAGUCCCUGUCCUGCAGCUUUGUGCCUGAGACCACGAGUAGGGGGAUGACGUCCCAGGAGAUCAGCCCUCGUCCACCCCUCUCAGCCCCACUGAGAAAGACCUUCAGUGACCUCGGGGCCCGCCACUGCCAGCCACCUGCUGCCAUGGAUGGGGCAGCCAACCCCUGUGCCAGUGCCUGCAAUGGGACACAGGGCACCCUUUUUUCUCCGCCGUGGACCCCCCCGGGUUAUGGGAGCCCCCCCGGCCUUACCACUGGCCCAGGCAAGGGGCCCACCUGCACCUCACAGGGCAGCUUCAUCCCAUCACCCAGCCCAGGUUCACCCGCCGCCUCCACCUCCUUCUUCAUUGCCACAGAAGAGCACAUGGGCAGCAAUGGGCCCAGCUUUUUCUCUGGCCCAGUGCCUGCUUCACCCCCCAGCUCCGGGUGCAUCCAGGGAGCCAAGGGGAAUUUCUUGCCAGGAAGCCAAGAGGAGCUGGGGCCAGCGGCAGGGCCAGCGCAGCUGGAGGUGGAACGGGCAGGGUGCCGGUUCCGUGAGCGGUCACUGUCAGUGCCCACUGACUCAGGGUCCCUCUGCUCUGUGGACAUCGCAUAUGCUGAGACCCGGCGGGGCAGCGCCAACUAUGCCCUGAGCUACCCCAGCGCCAGCUCCGAGGGCAGCACCAGCACUGACAACAUCUCCCUGGGGCUGGAGCCUGAGGGGCAGCGACGGCGGCGCUCCAAAAGCAUCUCCCUGAAGAAGGCCAAGAAGAAGCCCUCGCCACCCACACGCAGCGUCUCACUGAUCAAAGAGGGGCAGGACGGUGAUGUGGGGCUCAGUGCGGCACUGCCCAAGGACCAGCGGCCCAAGAGCCUGUGUAUCCCACCAGAGCUCCAGGGUCACCGGCUAGUGCACACCAACCCCCAGGGGAGUGCAGGAAGGGAGCCCAACAGCACAGCUGCCCCCCACCAGUGGCAUCUCAUGGACUGGAGGGCAAGCAGUGAUCCCUACCAGUCCCUUUCUGGCUCAAGCACAACCACAGGGACCACAGCUGUUGAGUGUGCCAAGACACAGGGCAGCUCUGAGUCCCUCGUGUCCCCUUCAGUCUCCAGGGCCACGACGCCCUCCCAGCUCUCUGCCGAGGCAGACCUCAAGACCUCCUCACCAGGCAGACCCACAGGGCUGAUGUCCCCAUCCAGCGGGUAUUCCAGUCAGUCGGAGACCCCAACCCCCACUGUACCCACCUCCACCAUUCUGGGGCACUCCCCACACCAGGUGCGUGUGAGGCCACUGGUCCCCGAGAGGAAAUCCUCUCUGCCCCCCACAUCCCCCAUGGAGAGGAGCCCCAAGGGCAGGCUGUCCUUCGACGUCCCACUGACUCCACCCGCCCACCUUGACCUCUCAGGGCUGAAGAUCUCCCUGAAGGGGAAGACUAAGGUCAGCCGGCACCACUCUGACUCCACCUUUGGCACCAAGCUGGCCCAGAAGACCAGUCCCAUCACACCCAUCAUGCCCGUGGUGACACAGUCCGACCUGCGCUCUGUCCGUCUCCGCUCCAUCAGCCGCUCAGAGCCAGAGGACAACACUGAUGGCCCAGAGCACACAGAGGAGCCAGCACACAUCCCCUGCCCAGGGCCGGAGAGAAAAGUGAAGCCACCCGUGGCAGAGAAGCCACCACUCGCCAGGCGCCCCCCGUGCAUCCUGCCCAAGCCCCCAGUUCUGCGGGAGGAGGGUCCACUGUCCCCUAAAUCCCCACCAGGCACUACCGCCAAGGAAAAGGGGCUGGCACAAGAUGCCUUUGUGGUGCUGCGGAGAGGGGAGCUGAGGAGGGGUCUGGGGGAGCCCCAGUUGUCCCUGACCCCAGCGGGGCCCCGGCAGCUCUCGCAGGGCAGCCUGGAUGAGCUGCGGCCAGAGCGGAGCGGUGCUGAGGGGGAGCGCAGGAAGGCCAAGGUGCCCCCGCCCGUGCCCAAAAAGCCCAGCGUGCUGUACCUGCCACUCAUCCCAGCUCCAGCACAGCUGGGAGCUGGUUUGGGGGACCUGCCACCCACCCCCAGCCCCAUCAUCACCCUGGACACUGACCCCACCUGCUGCGACCCUGAUGCUGAGGAUCCACCAUCUCCCAAGGCUGUGGGCACCAUGCCUGCCAGUGAGCCUGUCUCAGAGCAAGGCAGCUCAGCGGAAGCCGGCAUGGAGGAGAAGAGCUUUGCCAGCGACAAGACAGCCGAGUCCAUCGUGGAGGAAGACGACGAGGUGUUCACAACAUCCCGCACAACGGAGGAUCUCUUCACAGUGAUCCACAGGUCAAAGAGGAAGGUCUUGGGGCGGAAAGAGCCUGGUGACACCUUCAGCAGCCGACCCACCUCCCACUCACCUGUAAAGACUUCAGGCUCCCCAGCUGGCGAGUCUCUGGCAGCAGCGGGCAGCAGUGGGAAGUCUUCCAGCAGGAAUGAGGAUUUUAAAGCUCUGCUCCAGAAGAAGAGCAGCAAAACAAGCCCCGGUACUCGGCCAUCUGCCGCCGAACUGCUCAAGACCACAAACCCGCUGGCCCGGAGGGUCAUCACAGAGUUUGCCCCUGAGCUGGACGGUGAAAACAGCCUCAAAAGCCAGCCCUGACCACACAGGGGCUCCUCCAGCCAGAGGGGUGACAAUGGCUGCAGAGAGAGCGCUGCUGCAGAGGCCUGUCCUGGCUGCUGGGGAGCCCUGUAUCCUGCUGGGGGGUUCUUCUGCUUUUGUUCCUUACUUGGAGAGCUGCUGACAGAGAGGCAGUGGCUGGAGCCCAAGGUCUCAUAACUCUGGGCCCUUCCCACAGAGGGAAGUUGCUGAAACUGGCCCUGGCUGAGCCAGCUCCUGGAAUUGAAGGCACCUGCCUAGGAAGCAGAACAGGAUCACAGCCUCUGGUCUUGCCCCAUGCCUGCAGCAAAACAGCUUGAGACUUUUUGGUCCCUUUGGCAUGUGGUACUUUAAACAGAUUUUCUAAUGCACAGUGGUGGUGAUGUUUGAUUCUCUUCCCUUUGACAUUGUACCUUGAGUUUCCCAUGCAGAGAUCCCCUGGUUGAAUUCAGCUGGACACACAGAUGCACUUUGGGAAGACGCCAGGGGUUCAGCUGGAUCUGCGGUUGCUUUUGAAGAGUCACAGGAGGUUCCCUGUCAUUGCCCUGAGCAUCCUCCCUAGCACACAGGGAACUGGCACCCGGCGUCCGCAGCCAGCGCCACCACCUCAAGCCAAAUCCCCACCCCUUGAAAGCCCCCAGAAUGCUGCAUUUUGGAGCUCCUCAGCUCUCAGUCCAAAAACAAACCUUGGGGUCAUCUCCACUACCAGUUCCCCCUGGCCUCACUGCACAGGGGGUCUGGCAGCCACCCCACUCCCAUGCCGGGGGUCCUGCACCCACCUGCCAACUGGGGCAAUGAGGGUGCUGUGCCAUGGGAAGGAAGCUAAUCCCCAGCUCUGCCUCCUGCAUCUCUACAACAGACCCUGUGACAACUUCUCCUGCUGCCCUGGCCACCAGAGGUCCUGAGAUACUACCAAGAUGGUGGCUGGAAUCCAGAUGGACUUCACCUGAGCCACCUCCCUGGUGACUCCAGGGUCCCCCCAGGAUUGCCCACCACUCACCUGUGCCCUCUGGCUACCAGGGAGCUGAGCAAGGCCGAGUGGGACACAUGCCAUUAGGGCAGGUGCACAGGGCCGUGGAAGAGGGUUUGAACGUCCCCAGGUGGGAUUCAUCCCCCUCACUCCCAGCUGCCUCUUCCUGGCUUGGCUCCAGCAUGGGGGUCCAGCAGCCAGUAACAGAGGCUGUGGUGUGGAGCUCGGGGCAGGGCAGGGAGGAAAUGUGAGCUCCGAGCAGGAGCACGGCCACACGCCCAGAGAAACAGGAAGGGCCAGCCACGGCUGACAAGGAAACAGGGCAUUUAGGAAAAUUUCUGCUUGAUUUCUUGAUGUAUUUCAACACACUCCAGCCCUCCUGUGCUGCGGGGGGAGUGGUGCAGUGGGUCCAGGCAGCAGCAAGGCACCACAGCAGUGCUUCAGCUGCCCCUCCAAGGGGCCUGGUCUGCUCUGGGGGGUCUCUGCCCUACCAGGAGCUCUGCAUCCCUGGGGAGCACAGCCGAGGCAGACACUUCCCAAUCCUUGCCACCACCCUGGAUCUGAUCCCACUGAGGCUCCAGUGGGUUCCCAUCUCCUCCCUCCUGGUAUUUGCCCAUCUCUCUCUUUCCUCUCCCAGGGCUGCAGAUUUAAGCCUGUAAUUAAGAGCCAGGCUGAGAAACUCAGGAAAAAAAAAAUCACAAGAAAAGCUCUAUUGAAUGUCCACAUUUCACCCCCAUCCCGUGGCCCCAGCCAGUGGCAGGGUGCUGGCAUGUGAUGGGGCCAGGGCACAGCUUGGGAAGCUCUGGGGACAGGUACAUUUUGCACAUGACUGCUCAGGAAACCAGGGACAGAGUCGGCAAAGGGGGCUGGGGGCAAGCAUGGGGCAGGGACCCCCCUGCAACACCCCCAGCACCACUGGCAGCUGGAGUGGCCAAUGCUGCUGGGGUGACAUAUCCAAGUGGGCCAGAAGUCAACUGUGGGACAGAGGUUGGCCAUGGGAUGGAGAUUGGCCAUGGGAUCAAGAUCCUAAUUUCCCUGGCUGGAGGAACAUGCUCUUCCUGGGGCUCUUCCUGCCUGAGUGCUCGUCUCUGGCCGCUCUCUCCCUGCUCCCUCUGGCUGCAGCUAUUCCCCUGGGAAGGCAGUGGAUUCCCGGGAAGAGUCUGGCUGGCAGACAGCCCUGCCCCGGGGUGGGGGCCGCCAAGGUGCCAACUAUGGAAUGCUGUACUUUUUAUCUCGCCAGCUUGGUAAAGUGGUCCCUGCUGCCUGA